UACAUACGCAGCAUAUUCGAAUUUGGAGGAUCUGAAGACAAGAAGAAAAAAAAUAUAAAUACAGAGUUUACAGAGUACGUCUUUCCUCUCAUCCACGAGACGUUCUUAUGAAUUGAUAAUCCCAGUUGCGAUCUGUCUUCGUGCGAAAAUGUUGAUAAAUCUCUCGCUAAUUUUUGUAUUUAUUAAUUCAAUUAAUUGUCAGGUACAUUUGCAAAGGAAUUAUGCUCCGAGUACUGCGCUUGAAGAAACGACCAAUCUUUUUGAGAAUUUAAGAGCUGACUAUGCUCUUGCAAAUUCGAACGAAGAUGCAUUGUCUAAAAUCCACGGAGAAGUCACGAAUCACAUGAGGAAUGUAUUAAAAAAAUAUUCUGCUCGUUACAAAAGAGAAACACCAGAGGUUCCCAACAAAGGUAUUGAUGUACUGAAUGGAUUCCAAAAUUUUGAACAAUUAAAUUUCACCGAUGUCCAAGAUAUACUUUUCUUUUCUCUUCAAAACAAGCUCCAGCUGAAUUGGUUCACUGUGAUUUUGGACAAAUCCAAGAUAUCUGUGUACCAGAUAAACAAUCACACCUUCCAACAUGUUGCGGCUUAUGCUUUGCCCAAUGCCAGGCAAAUAAUCGCCCAUACCUAUGCAUACGAAGCUUUCUUAAUAGCCCAAAGUCAAGACGAUUCGAUCCUCAUUCUGCGAUUCAUGGAAGUCGAAGAGAAAUAUUAUAUGUAUCUCACGCAAGAUAUCGAAUACAACGAUGUAACUCAUCUGACGACUUGGCAAGGAAUCAACCAACUGUUCUUAGCCAUUGCAUCGCACUCCAACAUUUCAAUUUUCAUUUGGUUCAACGAUUACUUUGAUCUAGCGCAAGUGAUAAAUCAUGGUACCAGUAAAUUGAUCCCUUUCUGCAGCAAAGGAUUCAUGUACCUCGCAGUAACUGGACCCACCACCUUAAUUCUUAAGCAUUCUCUGAGGUCUAAAGAGUUUGAGGUGACUCAGAGAUUACCAUCGAGUCAAGAUGUCUCAUCGUUUCAAUUAAUAGAAGGCCAUUUCAUAGAACAUUUUCUGUGUCUUUCCAUGGAGUCGUCUGUAGUUAUAUACAAAGAAACUCACGACCGUUUCAUUCCCUUCCAACGUAUCUCUCCUGUAAAAUUCGCAGUGCCAAUAAUCUUCAACAAAGCAAUCGUGCUGUUAGCUUUCUACAAAGACACAAUAUCGACUUAUCAGUACGAUGGGUGGAGAUUCGUAGAAUUAAAUAUAAAGUUAACAGAGAUUCGUCAAUUUCGUCAAAUAGUAUUGCAUGGAAAAGAGUUACUCCUGAUGGAACACAAAAACCAUACGUGGUCACUAAAGCAACCAGUAUGGACUGAUAGAAAGUCCUACAAAGAUUUGCAAGAAGAAAUAAGAGCGUGGAUUGUCAAUGCUACAAAUACAGCUCGAAGAACAUCAAAAGUAAUACCGGAAUCAAAGGGUCCCAUCAAAAUUCUAAAAGGUCACAUUGAUCAGAUUUUCAUUCGCAAUAUAAAUGAACAUAACUCGCAAGCAUUGAAGGAUGUGUCGAAGCAGUAUAAAAAGGUGGUUUCGAAGCUCCAAGAACAAAAAGAAAUUAUGAAUAACAAGUUACUCUCUGACAAUGUAACUUUACCUUCGUUACACGUAAAGAGUGUUCGUGUUAAAUGUAAAGCGAAAUGCAAAGUCAAGCGUCUAAAUAUCAGAGAAAAUUCUGAUCUCCUGUCUAAGUUAAAAAUGAGAAACAACAGUGAUAGCACACGAACUUUCAAAGCUGUAAGCGUUAAAGAAGUCAAGAACUCUAAAUGUCCACUGUUUAGUUUUCCGAUAGAAGAUGUGAUUGUUGACAAGACUAUUAAUGGGGUAUCGUUGGAUGAAUUACAAGCGAACACUCUGAAAGUGAAUGGGAAUCAAGAAGUCUCAGGAAAACAUAUUUUCUACCAUAUAAAUGUAACGGACGCUUUCAUGCUGUUAAAUAUUGCCAAGGAUUUUAUAAAACAAGAAGUACACGCAAAGGAAAUAAGAGUGAAAGAAUUAAAUGUAACAAGCGACGGAGUCUUGUUAUCGUUAAAUGGUCCUUCCACGACAAUGAAUGGCUUGAUUAAAGCGUCUAAAAUAAAAGUGAAGGGCAUUAUUAAUUUAAGCGGGCCAAUAUCUGGGGAUUUCGCAAAGCCAUUGUCACCUGUAAUGACAAUCUCUGAGCCGAUGACUCUAGAAAGCUUAACUUUAGCCAACGCUAAGAUUGAGCAUCUAAAAGCAGGAAACUUGAUUGCGAAUAAGGCUGGAUCGGUCAAAGAUAUUUUGUCUAACGCAGUAUCUCUACAUAACAAUGUACCUGUGUCUCUGGUACUUUCUACUGAUCGCUUGAAUUGGACCCAUGUUACUUUUCAUGGAUCUCAAAACUGGAUCACUGCUAAUUCUUCGCACAGAGUUAAUAUAACUGGAAGAAAACGCAUUCUUCAUAACGCAGAGAUACGGAAGUCUACUUACAAGAAUUUAAAACUCCCAGAGAUCGAAGCACCACUGUGUGGCACCACCAUAAUCGCACCUCGAAUAGAAACUACAGUAUUAGCAGUCAAUGAUAUUACUGUGAAAAGACUGAAGAGUUCUCGUGUCCUUGGAAAUCUUGGCGAGAGAUAUUUCACUCAGAAUCUAACAUCCUUUUUCAAACCCUUCGACUUGGCUGUCAAACGUUUUUAUCACAAUGUCACUGUGAAAGAUAUGUCUGCGACAUACAUGAACAAUGUGGACUUAACAGAGAUAAAAAGACUUGCCAACUUGUGGAUCGAGCCCAACAUUCUAAAAUCUUCAAUCGAGACAAAUUUUGUAGUUAAUACUCUUCGAACACCUGUUCACUUUCGCACAGAACUGCCCAAAAUAAUAAAAAACAUAAUAUCAGAGAAAAAUAUUGAUGUAGUCAGCGUUAACAAUGUAAAUCUCAUGGAUUUCUUGGCAGAUGCAGUCAAACUCGAAGACAUGAUAUCCUUAGGAAAUAUAACAUUCUACAAUGGAUUCACAACAAAUCAUAUAUAUACUUCUCAUCUCCCAUUAAAUUUGAUGCAAUUGGAAGAAAAUACUAAUCUGUAUAAAAAGCAAAUUUCUGGAAAUAUAGAAGCGAAUGAAAUAAAUUUGCCAUAUUUUGUUUCGCACGAAGAAGAUAAAGUUGCACCUAACAUUCUCAUUACUGGUUCCGCAAUACUUCCAAGAGAACCAUUGAUAAAAAAUAUAAACGACAUCAAUUUAGAAGGAUUGCUUGCAAGAACUUGGAUGGCGACACACUUUACUAUAUUUCAUGGAAAAAAUCUACAUGUUACAAGUGCAGCGAUGAAAAGAAGCAAUGCCUGGAAAAACUCUUCGAACACCUUAAAUCCUGAAACAUGGAUGAAUAUCUCAAAACGUUUUCUAAGUAAAACAAGACCGCAGGAAAUAAUAGUUUCUGGUUCUCUGAAGAGUGUCGAAGCACCUGUUAUCAUGGGUUCAAACACUUCAGCCAUAAAGUCAUUCGUUUCAGAUUUUAACGAUACAUUUGAUAAUGCCUUAGUAAAACACAAACAGCAAAAGGUCGAGGCAAAAUGGACAUUUAACAAAUUGAAGAUUCUAGACAAACUGCAUGCAAGGGGGAACAUUAAUAACAUGAAUCUUAAAACUGAUGUCAUGAGACACGAUAUUCAAGAGAAUAUCGUAACUGGUAAGAAAACUGUGGUAGUUCUAACAGCAGAAAACUUGAGUGGUUUAAAUUUUGAUGAAUGGGCUGACAAUGCUUUGAUGCGAACAAAAAAGUUUACGAUUGUUAAAGGGAGAAAAAGUUUCAACACUGUCACUAUCAACAAUAUGAACGUAUCUGGCACUAUAAUGGGACGCAAUAUAGAGAAAGCAUUAUUAAAGUCUGCAGACCAAACACUCCUUGGUCUGAAAACAAUUCAAGGAUCAUUGCAUGCUUCGAAGCUUGUUAUCAAUGGCUUGGUAAACGAUGUAAACUUGACUGACUUGAUAAACCGUCAGUUGAGGAAACAAAAGCCUUCGCAAGUGAUACGAUCAAGAGUAGACAUACAAAAUUCUUUGAAGAUUUUUGGAAGUCUCACAUUAAAUGAUUCUUACGGAAAGGCAGAGUUGAAGGAGUCUUACAAAACUUAUUCAAACAUAGCACCUGUCGCAGAAAAAAUGUGGAGAUAUUCUAAAACAUCUGAGACGAUGAAUGUAGCACUACGAAAUCGAGCAGUUUAUAUAAACAAAUUAGAAGUUGUGAAAGAAACGAAUGUCAUCGAUGCUUCCAACAAAAAUGUAACACUUCAGAAGGAUCGGUGCACAGCUACCAACUCUUCCAAACUUUGUGCCAGCGAGCACAUAGUAAACGCCCUUCUUGAAUCGAAUCCAAACGACUUUGUAUUGAUAAAAUCCAUUUCGUUGAAUAUGGAAGAGUUUAUUGUUUGGAUAAAGUUCGAUUCUGUUUCCAUAUAUUCGUACAACAGUGCAACGAAUGGUCUUUCUCAUUUAAAAGAUUUACACAUUCCAAAUAUAAUCGAUGGUUUCGUGGAGUCGAUGUUCCACUCCCUGUGGAUUGUUCUACGAUUGAGUUCACAAACCCUGGUGCUACAUUAUCAACCGUGGAACGAGGUGCAGGAAUACGUUUUACCAGUCACAGACGUGUUUACUAUGAGCAGGUCUCCAAACGACCAGCUAUUAUUAUUUUUAUCAGACGGUGUCUGGAAUCUGAAGGGCCUGGAAAGCCCUCAAAAUAUCAUCAAAAUUCCUCUCAAAGGAGAAGUGGAGACCUUCGUCGAUGGAUUCAACUAUUAUAUAAAAUGCAGACACACGAGCAACGCAACCUUGAUGAAGGCACGAUACAUAGGAAAUUAAACGCUGCAUUAAUUAGUCACAGCAUUUUUAAUAUAUUAUAAAUGUAUAUUUACUAAUCUAAGUUCGUUGCACCAUAUAGCGCUGUUAUGUUAAAAUUUGUUUGCCUUGAAUAGUAUGCAAUGAAGAAUUCUUUAUAA